CGAUCUGAACUCAGCUGCCGUGAACCCGUCACCUCCCGUUCACGAUAAACGGUGUCGCUGACGCCAGGUAACUGGUAGAAGAGAGACAUCUGCUCCUAACCAUGUCCAGGAGAAAGCUGGAGAAUAAAGGACUUUCUGGCUUGCUGGCCACAUCUCUGCAGACGCAAAUCAGGACAGACAAUUUUCACAAUUUCUAUGUUCUUGAAUCUAAAGAACUAGGAAGAGGAAGAUGUGCUGUGGUUAGAAAAUGUAUAGCUAAAUCCACUGGCCAAGAAUAUGCAGCUAAAUUUUUAAAGAAAAGAAGGCGAGGUCAAGACUGCAAAGCAGAGAUUUUUCAUGAAAUUGCUGUCCUUGAAUUAAUGAAAUCUAAUCCUCGGAUAGUCAAUCUCCAUGAAGUCUAUGAAACAGCAAAUGAAAUCAUCUUAGUGCUGGAGUAUGCUGCUGGAGGAGAAAUUUUUAACUUGUGCAUCCCGGACUUGGAUGACAGAAUUGGUGAAAGUGAUAUUGUAAAGCUCAUAAGACAAAUACUUGAAGGACUUUGCUGCUUGCAUGAAAAUAAUAUAGUGCAUCUUGAUUUAAAGCCUCAAAAUAUCUUGCUGAGCAGCUCCAGUCCUCUUGGUGAUGUGAAGAUUGUAGAUUUUGGUAUGUCUCGGAAGAUCGAGAAUUCCAGUGAACUGCGGCAAAUUAUGGGAACGACGGAGUAUCUAGCUCCAGAAAUCUUAAACUACGAUCCUAUUACAACAGCUACAGAUAUGUGGAACAUAGGUGUAAUUUCAUACAUGCUGUUGACACAAGAAUCUCCAUUUGUGGGAGCUGAUAAUCAAGAAACUUUCCUUAAUAUAUCUCAAGUUAACGUUGAUUAUUCGGAAGAAACAUUUUCAUCGAUUUCACAGCCUGCCAGAGACUUCGUUCAAAAGCUUCUCAUCAAAAAUCCAGAGCAAAGACCCACAGCAGAGGCCUGUCUCUCUCACUUGUGGUUGCAGCAAGGGGAAUUCAUACUCUUGUGUAGCCCUCAAGAAACUUGCUGCCCGUCUCUGAUGCCAGGACACACAACGAAAUGCUCAGAAGAGUGGAAUAUAAAAUCCAGUUGCAGUGGUACCUGUAGCAACAAGGAAGACAAAGAAAACAUCCCAGAGGACAGCAGUACGGUUUCCAAACGUUUCCGGUUUGAUGAUUCAUUGCAGUAUCCACAAGACUUCAUGACAGACUUUGUAUGUUAAUGGGUUUUUAGAGACUUCUUUUGAAAUGAAUUUGGCAUAAUCUAUUCCAUUGUGAAUAUAAGAUUAUGGCUUGCCAAUUCUUGCAGCAUUGAUGUACUAGAAAUGCACUUUUGAACCUUUUAUGCUGGUGCUUCCUUUUCUGUCCGUUGCUGGCAAUGGAUAACUCCUGAGAAAAUGGAGUUAUAGCACCAAUAAAAUGAGGGUUUUGUUUUAAGGUAUAAUUAAGUAAUUGCACUUUUCAAGUUCUAGUCCAAAAUUGAUGCCAGAGUGAGCAAAUUAAACCUAAAAAAAGUUUAAUUAAACUCAAGCUUAGCCAAGCAGUGCUUGAGUAACACAUACACAUUUUAACGGUUACACUUUGAUAAUAAACUGAUCUAAGUACGGAAACUGAAUUGGUCUCUCUUACCAAGUUUCUUUGUAACCGUUCUCACCGGUUCUAAUGAAAGGUGAAAGUCAGUGUGCUUUGUGAGUACAACACAUCUCCUGGGACUGCUGCUUUGUAGGAUCACGAGUAAUUAAGGAAAAGUUCCUGCUUUAUGGGUCUGGUCUGCUUAAGGAUGACGAUGCGUGUUGUGUGUGUGUUUUUUCUGUGGUACCUGCAGUACCACCUACCUGGGUGUGUUUUUCUGUGGUGAAUCUGCAGGGCUUGAGCAGUGUACAGG